AGUUGUAGUUCGCAGCCCUGUUUUGCUGUGCAGAGGGGAGGCGAUGAGUGCAGCUCAGAGCGCUGUGCGAAGGAGUGCGAGGAACAGGGUGCUGGAAGGAGCCAGGGGCAAGGAGCAGAGUGGGCACAUAGCACAGAAGCCUGGUGGCGAUAAUGAUAAAAAAUCUGGUGGGGAAGCCAGGGCGAAAAGGCGGGUGCAGGUCGAAUAUGAGAAAACUGGGGGAAAUACAGAUAAAAAGCUUAAAUGGGAGCCAUCCAACUGGCGUCAGCACUUGGAGAAUAUCCGAAAAAUGAGGAUCGCAAGGGAUGCCCCCGUAGAUCAGAUGGGGGCAGGGAAAUGUUUUGACCAAAGCGCUGCUCCGGAGGUCAAGCGCUAUCAAGUAUUGCUGUCCCUCAUGCUAUCCAGCCAGACGAGGGAUCAGGUAACCUCCGCAGCCAUGUGCAGAUUACGGGAACACGGCCUGACAGUAAACAAGAUCCUGGAGACGAACGAUGACACCCUCGGAAAGCUUAUUUACCCCGUGGGUUUCUGGAAGAACAAAGUAAAAAACAUCAGACAAACAACGUUGAUCCUGCAGGAGAAGUACGGCGGGGAUAUCCCUGACAAUGUGCCUGAGCUGGUGAAACUCCCCGGCGUGGGACCCAAAAUGGCACACCUGGUGAUGGACAUAGCAUGGAAUAAUGUAUCUGGAAUAGGGGUUGACGUACAUGUCCAUCGUAUUUCCAAUCGGCUUAGAUGGGUGAAGAAAGAAACGAAGACCCCUGAAGAGACGCGUAUGGCUCUGGAAGACUGGAUGCCCAGGGAUCUUUGGAGUGAGAUUAACUGGUUAUUAGUUGGAUUUGGCCAGCAGGUCUGCCAACCUACAUCCCCUCAAUGUACCAACUGCCUUAAUAAGGACAUCUGCCCGGGAGCAAAGAAAAAGUGAAACCAAGAGAGGACCACAACGCAUUGGGAAGAAAAGGAGUACAGCGGAACGGUUAAACAUUAAUUACCAGGAUUUUCCAAAAAUUAGAAGAUGUGGCAAUGAAGAGGUUAAUUGCUGUCAUCAACCAUUUUGUGAGAGACUCUCUCCA